AGAAAGAACGUAAGUCAGUUAUAAGUAAGGACAAAACAGUUCACUGUGCUUGGACUUUCAGACUUUAAGGUUUUUAAAUAGGUGAGCUAUGUCCAGACAAGUAGUCAGUGUGCAGCCAAAGACCAAGGCCAAACAGGUCGGAGAGUGGAGCACUGGACUGUGUGAGUGCUACAAAGACAUCGGAGACUGUUGUUUUGCUUGCUGCUGCCUCCCGUUGUUUACCUGUAAGGUUACCAGUGCAGUUGGUGCCUGCCCGUGCCUGCCUCUGCUGGACUGUAUCAGCUGUGUCCCUCCAGCCUCUCUGGCCAUGAGGGCUUCUGUCAGGGAACGAUACGGCAUUAAGGGAAGCGUGUGGAGUGACUGCCUGUACGGAUGCUGCUGCUACACACUAUCUUGGCUUCAGAUCUCCAGGGAGCUGAAAAGAAGAGCAGCAUCCCACGCCGCCUCCUCCUCUUCUUCUUCCUCCACAGCCAGAUACACUGCUCUGACCUCCCUACAGGGGGCGCACUUGGUCUAGACACGCUCAGACCUCUUUCUCUCCCUGGUGGAAAGCACUGCAGGAGAGGAUUUAAUCACACUUUCAUUGGCCUAAAGUUGCCCCUGGUCCCAGAGACAAAAGUCCAAUUAGUUCCACAAUAGUAAUAGUUAUUUAGCAAUUCAUUCAAAUUAUGUUGUUCAGAUAUGUUUUUGAUAUUUUAUUGUAAAUAAAUAUAUAUGGUUUGUUUCUGAUUUUUAUUUAUUUAUUGUUUGUUUUUCUGGUCAAAAUUACUGCCUAAUAAAA